AUGCUCCGUCAAGCCGCCCUCGCCGUGCGCCAGCCCUUGCGCCGCUCGCUCGCCGCGACCGCCAUCGCCCGCCCUGUCGCCGCCCAGGUCGCAGGCCGCCUUCCCCGGGUUGCGCUGCCGCAGCGCCGCGCUUUCGCCGCGUCGGCGUGGCGGUGCGACGACGAGUCGACCAAGCCGUCGCCGCCUCAACCUCUGCCGGCCAAGUACCCGCUCUCGGACGGCGACAAGAGCCGCCUGACCCGCCUGAGGAACGUCGGCAUCAGCGCUCACAUCGACUCGGGCAAGACGACUUUGACCGAGCGCAUCCUCUUCUACACGGGCCGCGUCAACGCGAUCCACGAGGUGCGCGGCCGGGACGGCGUCGGCGCCAAGAUGGACUCGAUGGAGCUCGAGCGCGAGAAGGGCAUCACGAUCCAGAGCGCCGCCACGUUCGCCGACUGGCAGGUCAAGGACGCCGCCGAGAAGGAGCGCGAGGGCAAGUACAGCAUCAACAUCAUCGAUACGCCGGGUCACGUCGACUUUACGAUCGAGGUCGAGCGCGCUCUCCGUGUCCUUGACGGCGCCAUUCUCGUCCUGUGCGCAGUCUCGGGCGUUCAGUCGCAAACCAUCACCGUCGACCGCCAGAUGCGCCGCUACAACGUGCCUCGUCUCUCCUUCAUCAACAAGAUGGACCGCGCCGGCGCCAACCCGGAGCGCGUUCUCGGUCAGCUCCGCCAGAAGCUUCGCAUGAACGCGGCGUUCGUCACGAUGCCCAUGGGCGCCGAGGCCGACUUUGCUGGUGUCGUCGACCUCGUCAAGAUGAAGGCCGUCUACAACGACGGCGAGAAGGGGUGCGUCCACCUCAUCGACAUCCGCAACGACGAGAUCCCGGCGCAGUACCUCGAGGCCGCGCAGGCCAAGCGGGCCGAGCUUGUCGAGGCCCUCGCCGAGGUUGACGACGAGCUCACCGAGGCCUGGCUCGAGGAGCGCGAGAUCACCCCGAUCGAGCUCGGCGCCGCCAUUCGCCGCGCCACCAUCGCGCUCAAGUUCACGCCCGUCUUCACCGGCUCGGCCCUCGCCAACAAGUCGGUGCAGCCGGUCCUCGACGGCGUCUGCCUGUACCUCCCGACGCCGGAGGAGGCGCCCGCCCAUGCCCUCUCGGUCGAGGCGCCCGCCGACCCGCCCCAGACCCUGUCGCCGACUGCCGACGCGCCGCUCGUGUCGCUCGCGUUCAAGCUCGAGGAGGGCCGGUACGGCCAGCUCACCUACAUCCGGGUGUACCAGGGCACGCUCAAGAAGGGCGCGACCAUCACCAACGUGCGCACGGGCAAGCGCGUCAAGGUGCCUCGCCUCGUGCGCAUGCACUCGGACGAGAUGGAGGACGUCGACUCGAUCGGCGCCGGCGAGAUCUGCGCCAUGUUCGGCGUCGAGUGCUCGUCGGGCGACACGUUCUCGGACCAGUCGGGCGGCGGCGGCUACACCAUGACCUCGAUGUUCGUCCCCGAGCCCGUCAUCUCGCUCGCGAUCAGGCCCAAGGGCCAGGAGACGCCCAACUUCUCGCGCGCGCUCAACCGCUUCCAGAAGGAGGACCCGACUUUCCGUGUCCACGUCGACUCUGAGUCGCAGGAGACCAUCAUCUCGGGCAUGGGCGAGCUUCACCUCGACAUCUACGUCGAGCGCAUGCGUCGCGAGUACAACGUCGAGUGCGUGACGGGCAAGCCUCGCGUCGCGUUCCGCGAGACGAUCCAGGAGGCCGUCCCGUUCACCUACACGCACAAGAAGCAGUCGGGCGGCUCCGGUCAGUACGGCAAGGUCGUCGGCCGUCUCGAGCCGAUGGAGAUCGACCCGGACACGGGCAAGGACAUCGCGUUCGAGAGCAACGUCAUCGGCGGCAACAUUCCGGCCGGCUACAUCCCCGCCGUCGAGAAGGGCUUCCGCGAUGCGCUGCAGCGCGGCAUCCUCACGGGCAACCCCGUCUCGGGCUGCAAGUUCAUCCUCGAGGACGGCGCCGCCCACCAGGUCGACUCGUCCGAGCUCGCUUUCCGACUCGCAGCGCAAGGCGCCUUCCGCGAGGCGUUCCCUCUUGGCAGGCCGACCGUGCUCGAGCCCAUCAUGACGGUCGACAUCGUCGCGCCCGUCGAGUUCCAGGGCAACGUCAUCGGCGGCAUCAACCAGCGCAAGGGCACGAUCAUCGACACCGAGACGCGCGAUGAGGACUGUCUCGUCACCGCCGAGGUCCCGCUCAACGACAUGUUUGGCUACGCCUCUCAGCUCCGGGGCAUGACCCAGGGCAAGGGCGAGUUCUCAAUGUCGUAUAGGCAGCACGCUCCCGUCAUGCCCAACGUGCAGCGCGAGAUGAUGGAGGCGCACAAGAGCUUCACCGCCAAGAAGUAGUCGCGCCGCCGACACCUCUCUCCCGCUCUUUUCCCGUCCCCUUCCUCUCCCUCUCAGUCUUCCUCCCCUCUCGCUGUGCCCCUCUUGCUCGUUCUUCGCCCGUUGUCGUUACUGCCCCUUCCCCCUGCCACCUCGUCGUCUCGCAAGAGCCUUUCUUUGGACGGGCCUCCUCUUUAGAUCCCGCCUUGUACACGCCUAGAUGCCCGCCCCACCGCACCACUCGCUCCUUGCAACAGCAUUCGCAGUCUCGGUA